CUGAUUAUCACUUCCUAUCUUCUUUUGUUUUUUUUCUUCUCCCAUUGAGCGUGGGAAAAUAAAUCGCGUUGUUUUGUCAGUAGCAUCCCCCCUUCUACCUCCCUUCCGUUCCCAUUACGCGCCUAUCGACGCACACUCAUCUCUCUCUCAUUAUAUGUCACGGGUCAUAUAAUGCGCCGAUCGUCAGGGAGUUUACAUUUCUAUAUCUACAUACUACGCAGACGUCAUGUUGCACGGUACUCUGAUCAACUCUCGCCCCUCCUGUUCGGUCUAACUGACUGCUGUUGGUUGUGUUACCGGAUUGCGUUUUACGCAACAUUAACCGGAAGGAUUGUCAAAUAAUUGCGAAGCUUCUUUACUGUUGCGCAUUCCUCUCUCCGUGUGUGUGUGUGGGGGUGUGUGAUUUUAAUGUGCACGUCUCUUCGGGGAGUGGAAGCUGUCGCGGAUACCUUCUUGCAAACUUCGCGUCUCGCCUCGGCUCCUCAGCUCUCCGUAGGAGGCGCCUGUGUUUGUUGAGUUGCCCGGCGGCGCACAUGCACGGGCGUCCCCGCUGCUGCUGGCCGAGCAGCGCCGCUUUUCCCAUGGCAGAAGAAAAGGCGGAAGGAUAAAGCAGAAGCUUAAAAAAAAGGGAGAAGAGUGGGAUAUUUUCUUUUCUUUUUCUCCCAGCUAGGACGCAGCGCACCCGCCGUUAAACAUUUCUAAGGACAAUUGACUGAUUGAAACCAGACGCUGGUUACAGAAUAUUUCGAAUGAUAAUGGGAAUCUGGUUUAGUAUCACCAGUACCAUGUAGGGGUUGGACAAAGGAGAGGAAAACCAGCAGUCAGAAAUACCUAGCCCCGCCGGUAUGGGACUGUGACCCGGGUUGCGAGCUCCGAGAGGCGGCUGUUCUCUGAGUGCAGACUGGACCCGAGCAGCUGUGACAUUUCCGAGCCAUGGCCGCUGCUAUCGCGAGUGGGCUGAUCAGACAGAAGAGGCAAGCGCGGGAGCAGCAUUUGGACCGACCCUCCACAAACCGACGGAGGAAGAGCCCCAACAAGAACAAGGGGCUCUGCAAUGGGAACCUGGUCGACAUCUUCUCAAAAGUGCGCAUCUUCGGGCUCAGGAAGCGAAGGCUACGGAGACAAGAUCCCCAGCUCAAGGGUAUAGUGACCAGGUUAUAUUGCAGGCAGGGAUACUACUUGCAAAUGAACCCAGAUGGCUCUCUUGAUGGGACCAAGGAUGACAGCAGUAAUUCCACAUUGUUUAACCUUAUUCCUGUGGGCCUCCGAGUUGUCGCCAUUCAGUCAGUGAAGACAGGGUUAUACAUCGCCAUGAACGGGGAGGGCCAUCUCUACACAUCAGAACUAUUUACAGCGGAAUGCAAGUUCAAAGAGUCAGUGUUCGAGAACUACUACGUGAUCUACUCGUCCAUGCUGUACAGACAGCAGGAGUCAGGGAGAGCAUGGUUCCUGGGGCUCAACAAGGAGGGCCAAGCCAUGAAGGGAAACCGAGUGAAAAAAACAAAACCAGCUGCUCACUUCCUGCCCAAGCCAUUAGAAGUCGCCAUGUACAGAGAGCCAUCGCUGCACGACGUCGGAGAGACGGUGCCCAAGGCGGCCGUGCCUCCCAGUAAAAGCACAAGCGAGCCAGUGGUGAUGAACGGAGGCAAACCUGUCAGCAAGCCCGACAAACCAGCCACAUAGCCACACCUGACCAGUGCCUGGUGGGAGUGCAUGUGCGGGAGGGGAGGAAUGUAACGGAGGCAAGGUCUUUUUGUUUUUCUCAAGCUAGUCUCCAAACCCUCUUUUUUUUUUCUCGCUCUCUUUUUUUUCCUGCGGAUAACAUCCAGCCGAGACUCCCUUCUCUUAUUCUCUUGCUCCUCCUCCUACUUCCUUUCUCUGCCUAUGUCAGCACAGACUGAUUCUGCGAUGGCUCGGUCUAUCCAGCACAGGAGGGUAGAAGACCUCUGAUCCUGUAAUGCCUUUAGAUCCCUUUGAAAUUGCGAGAAUUGAACUGAAUGACACGCGGUUCACACUGACGCUUGAUGCUGGCUUUGCCGGAAGAACCUCCUUCUCUAUAAUGCCCUGUCACAGCAGCGGCUGUGUACCUUCAGAUCUAUUUUCUAUAUCACAGUUCACCAGCUAUGUUCUGGGAUAGAGACUGUAUAGACAGAGUAAAUAUUUGGACUGUUGUCCUAUAUUUUUUACAAGUAUGUUCCCCUUUCCUUCUCUUUCUAAUGCUGGUCAACAUACAGUUAGUUUUUGUCAAAGGGAAACUAGGAAAUCUUUUGCAAGAGGAGUUGUAUGAUUUUUUUUUUAAGAAACACAACGAACUUUAAAGCAUACCAGUACACACCUGAAAGAGCCCAAAUGAACCUUUUUUUUUGUUUGUUUUGUCUACGACAUGCGUACACCUAGAAAAGCAGUCGAAGAAAGUUUGUGCAGCUUCUCCUCGGCUCAUAAAAACACAUUGGAGGCUGGCAGACGGCUCCCGCAAUCAUAGUUGAUGAAGUGCUAAUUACCGCCACUGCAAUCAAUGCGAGGAGCUCCCUGUACACGCACAAACACACCCCCUCACACAAAAACACAAAUAUUUCUAAACAGAUGUGCGUGUGGGUGGGUAGGAGAGCGCUGUAAGGAAUGGUGUAUACAUAUCACUAUCUGUGUCCCACCAGCGGUUCAGUCCGCCUCCUCUGGUGAACGAAGAAAAAGGGAAAGAAAAAAAAAAACCUGAAGUCUAUUUUUCUUUAAUCUUAUUUCAGAGCGUGGGCUCUAGGAAAUAUCUCUAGGCCUUGUAGGCCUCAGUUCCUCACUCACCGACGUCUUUGGACAUUGAAGCAAGGCUUUGUGGCUUCGACCCAGAUGGUCUAUAACUGCAGCAAAUGGCAGCCGUGUUAUGGUGGCAUCUACGUAAAGCAAAGAAAACAACAUGGCUGAAAACCAAUAGGUCUUAUUUAUACGUGCUGCAUCCCUAUUUGGUUCAGCAAUCUAAAGCAUGGACACGGUCACUAUUGUUCCCACUUUGCAGCAGUUACACUACAGAUGGCUUUUAGUGCAUCUGUGUGUCUGUAUAAAACUUAGGGAAAAAUGACUUCUAAAAAUCAUAACUUUUUAAAUGACUAGAUGAUUUAUUGUUAUUAUUAUUAUUAAGAUUAUUAUACAAAGGAUUUGUCUCCUAGCUCAGCAUGCAAAGUCCAGUACUGAUCAUCUUGGCCUAUCACGUGCCUGUUUGGACCUUGAUUCCCGGCAUGCAAAAACAAGGUCCCAGUCCCCACUGGGCCAAAGGUGCCUCACUCACUCGAUAGAUCCAUGUGUAGGGCGCGUAGCAUUAUCCAUUGAAAAACCGACACUCAGAUGUAUUCGUUCUGAAACAACCAAAGUCCUUUUUUUUUAAUCCCAAGAAGAACUUAAUCUUAAAUACAAAAAAAAAGACGAAAAAAAAAUUCUAAUCUGACUCGCUCUCAGAUUUAAUCCAUCAAAGCUCUCACUGUGACAGCAUUUAUUCGUUUGAAAGAACCAACUCCUCUUGACCCGCAGCGGUCUUGGCUGAUGUCACUUUUUUGCGAGGGAAGUACGUAUAACCUAAAUUACUCAUGUGCAUGUGUUUUCUACCGGAAGCAAGGUAUGGGGGCAUCGCUCUUCACUCCGUAUGAGCAGGGGGCGCGCCGAGAGGGGCGUGGACGGGCAUGUUGCAGGCAUCGGCACGCUCAUGACUCAUGUGAAGGUGAUCCGCUGCACUUUGUUUUGGAUUUUCGUCACGACUGUUAGUGGGUUUGUUCGACAGAUUUCUUAAGUCUUGCGUUAAUCAUUUUUAUUUUGUUAGAUAUGAUUUGUAAUAGGAAGUAGAUUGUCGUUGCUGCUGUAUGCUGCUAAAAGUGCAACCAUAUUACAAAAGUUGUCAUGGUAAACAUAUUUGUUUUAGUUAUACAUGUUCAGUUUGUGGUUAUUAUUACUAUAGUUCAUCAAAUGUCAUUGAGACAUACUUAUGUAUUUGUAAAAAAAAGAAGCAAACGACAAAAAAAGCAGUUCAUGCGACAACGAAAUCGGUGUGCUGACACACACCUCCAAACCCAGAGGCUGCAAAUCGCUGAAGUUGUAUGCAGGGCGGAUGUUUUUGCAGUUAUUGCAGCUCGUCAUCCUCUACUUCUACAAACUCUACAUGCUGGGCUGGUUACUUGCUCUGGCCACGCAGACCAGAUAACUGGUUCUUUCAAGGCUGAAAUUAUUUUUGUAAAGGACUGGUGUGUAAAUGUACAUCUGUUAAAAUCUCCGGUAUUGUUUUUUUUGUUGUUGUUUGUUUCUCAUCUCUCUUGUGUACGGAUUGUGUGUGCUGCUACUUUCAGAUCCCAACUGGUUUUGCUUCGUUUUCCUUGUAAUCAAGUUGUUGGUUUUUUUUUAGGAAUAUUCUUGUAAAGUCAAUUUACAUUUGCAAUCAGAAAUAUUCAACCCCUAAAAGAAACUGCACUGAUGUGUGGUUGAAAGGUAAUAUAAUAAUAAAUAAAUAUUUAUUGGAACAUUUUUGAGUUGUGUUGACAGUAGAAGUCAUUAGCUGACAUCAGCUGUUUUCAAAUCAGGUACAUAGCACAGUACUGGCCCAUUUGUCCAAACAGCUUCAUUUUGGUUUCAUUAGUCCAUAAAACUUUCCCAAGAUUUUAUCUAAAUUCCAACCAGCAUAUUCUAAACUUUUAACUUUCCCUGUUAAGAGUGGAGAAAAUCAUGAAGUCCUUUGUCUAAGCAGUUCAUGUCUUAUAGCUUUUGCGCCAGCCUUUAACGCGUCACCCUGCGGGUGUCUUAAAGUGACACAGUUGCUUUUAGGAUCCCUGAAGGAAUGUUGGGCUUCCUACCACAGAAAGGCAGGUCUGCAGCUGUUCCAUAUGUUUUAAACAUCUUUAUUUUUAUUUUUAGUGCUCCCAAUGGUGUCUCACAAAAUGUUUCUUUAAAAAAAAAAAAGAAGUUUUGUACCCGAGACCCCUCAGUUAUGGUGAAACAAUCCCCCUUCUCUGCUUUUAAGAAAGCUUCUUCGUUUCCUUUGCAAUCAUGUCCCAGGAUUGCAACUUACCUUGCAUACCUUCAUGGGUGGUGUGAACGUAUGCAUUGCUGCCAAAGCUAAUGGGGAAUCACAAUAAAGCUCUUAAUUAUGGUAAACAGGCUUGAUGAUGUUUCCACUUUAUUAAGCAGUCUGAGCUUCUACGAUCCAAACAGCACUUCUGCAGGAGCUGCACAAUUGUGAGAGUUACCUUCAGAGCAUCAAAAAAAAAAGUUUAAUUCUCCUCUCUGACAAAACUCUAUUCAAAUUUCUAAAAUCUUCAUGGGGUUGACUAAAUCUCACUGCAACUGUAACUUUUGCUUGAUUUUGUAACCUUUGGUUUUGUAUAACGUUCCAUCUGUUGCAUGGGGAGAGGACGGCAUUGAUGAACUGCAUGUAGUAGGCUAUGUCUAUCCAGAACUGUUGGUAUGUGCCGCAGAUUUUACAUAAUAUAUGCAAUGAGUUUGUCUACACUAUACAGUUUGUGUUUGUUGUAUACACAUAUACAACAUGCUGAAUAAAAUAUUUAUAUAAAUGCCUACUGUAAUGUCAGUAACUUAAUACUUAAUGCAAUAUAGUGUGCAGUAUAUUAUUGCACUUGCCAUUUUUGAGAGUACAAAGAAAACGGAUAGGGUUGGCUAGUUUAAGCAUGAAAAACAAAGGCCAAAGUAGAAAUCAAAUCUUUUCUUCGUGACCUCUUAUUGGUCGUCUUUUCAAGUGCUGACUGAGCUCUUUUUUGUCGAUGCAGCUCCCAUCCCCUUCCACCAUGUUUUGAAGUGACAUGAGCCAUCAAGCAUGCCACGGCUGAAAUAUUUAUGCCCUCCACUUUGUUUCCUCCACCUUAACCUUCUCACUGCGAGGAUAGUGUAGAUUUACAUGAUGGGCAGCUUGUUAUGGGUUGAUUACCUGGGAUGGAGAGGAACGUACACUAUUAAAAUGAUUUGUUUUCAAUAUAUACAUAUAUAUACUAUACCAUUGCAAGUAUGCUCAUUGGAGUUAUGUCAUGUUAUAUCAAAAUUUGUAACCAUGUAUGAUUAAGGUCUUCGCAUUGUUUUCCAUGCAAAAUGUGUCAUGCGGCACAUUUAAUGUUUUAUUAUGAAAAAGAAAUAAAAAACUUCAAAGAGUAAUGAACAAGCUU